UGGUCUGUUGGUUGGUGGUGUGGUUGGUGUGCUACUGUUAGUGCUGAUUGUUGUAAUUGUUGUCAUAUUUCUGUUGUGGAACCGAAAGAGAAGUAGAUAUAACACGAACAAUACCAAACGUCGUGGUACACAUAUUGAGAACAUGACGUAUGAUGAUGUUAACACUGCUCAUGUGAAUGAUUCUGUUUUCCUACCAAUGGAUAAUGUCAACUAUGAUUGUCACAACAUGAUUAUGGAGAACUGUGGUGACUAUGACGAGAUAAAUGAUAAUGUACCCGUGGGAGAUUACGAAACAACGAUUGAUCCGAAUGACUAUUGCUCCACCCCUCUACCACCUCUCUCUGCUUAUAAGGACCCCAUGGCAGGUUUGGAAUACGAGACCCCAGUCUCCACUCUGGGAAAGGGGGUCAGCCCCCCCGGAGAGUGGGGGUUGGUGGUGCCGUCACAGGAGCAGAGGAGCAAGGCCUCAACUCAGAAUGGUGUCUCUGGGAAAGACCUCUAUGCUGCCAUCAAAACAUCUCAGUACAGCUAUGCGGGACCAGCUCCUAAGUUCUUUGAGGAGUGUGAAACGUAUUGGGCACCGUCCUCACAGGCUAACGAACUCUAUAAGCAGCUGGCAGCAAGGAAGUACCGGGAGAUACUCAGAGAACAAAUACAGAUCACCGAGUUCCUAGGGAGUGGAGCAUUUGGAACAGUCAACAAGGGACUGUGGCAGAGCCCGGGGGGAGCCAUGGAGGUGGCCAUCAAAACCAACCAGAGCAAAGAUGAGGAAGAAAAAGUCAAGUUCCUCCAGGAGGCGGCCAUCAUGGGACAGUUUAGACAUCCCAACGUUGUCAAGCUGUACGGAGUGGUCACUGUGGGGGAACCAGUGAUGAUUGUUUUGGAUUUGCUGUCAAAUGGAGACUUGCAAAACUUUCUCAUAAAGAUGCAACCAGACAGGCCAGGAGAGAUGGUUCCUUCAAACACUCCUAAACUAUUGUUGAAGUUCUGCCAGCAAAUCUCGAGUGGAAUGGACUAUCUCGCCAGGAAAGCAUUUGUGCACAGAGAUCUUGCAGCCAGGAACAUACUGGUGUCAGAGGACAAAGUGUGCAAGAUCAGUGAUUUUGGUAUGUCACGUGAUCUGAUGGACGAGAGUUACUAUGUGUCCCAGGGAGGCAAGAUACCAGUCAAGUGGACAGCCCUUGAGGCGCUCCAUUACAGUAAAUACUCGACAGCCAGUGAUGUGUGGAGCUUUGGUUGUGUCAUGUACGAGAUAUGGAGUCUGGGACACAAACCAUUUGAAGCUUUCUCUAAUGUGGAGACGAUCAAGAUGGUAGACAAGGGAGUUCGACUGCCACCACCACCUGGGUGCCCUCGAGAGCUGUACAAGCUCAUGGUUGAGUGUUGGCAUUCUGAGACGUCUAGACGUCCCUCGUUCCACCAGCUGGUGGAGAUGCUCUCACAGGCGGACUUUGAACUGCUCCUCUGGAAUAAGACUGACAGUGGAGUGGGGCCGCAGGUGACGGUGGUGGGGGCGUCAUUGGAGGCAGCAAAGAACUUGUACACUGACUUGCAGAAUGCGUAUAUUAAGCAACCAAACAAAGAUUAAAUUUAUUUUCGUGUGUAUGUGUUAUUUUUAUUUUGUU